CAAAACCCUCUCCCAUUCCUCGCGCUAACAAAUCGCAAGCUCAUCGCUGAACACUCCCAUGGAGCAGACACAACCGGAAGCGAAGAGGGCAAGGCCCCCUUCUCCGCAAGCCCAAGCCGGUGAGCCCGAGGAGGACCGGCUCAGCGCGCUCGACGACGCCACCCUCCACGCCAUCCUCGCCCGCCUCCCGCUACGCGACGCCGCAGCCACGACCGCGCUCUCACGCCGCUGGCCCCGCGUCUUCGCCACGCUGCCCCGCCUCAGCCUCACCUGCGCCACCUUCAACCGCCGCGAGACCCUCUACGAGUACAGGGACGGCGACGAGUACUGCGACGACACGAACCGCUGGACCUACGCCAUCGACGGCAUCCUCGACGGCCGCGCCGCUCCGAUCGCCUCCUUUGAGGUCCAGAUCGAUUUCAUGGACGCGUACGACGACUGGUUCUACGACUUGUUCCGCGAGAUCUGCCGGAGCGGCGGUCUCCGGGAGCUCUCCAUCUGGAACACCAACUCCACCGACUGCUACAAGGUGCCUUCCCCGGUGUACAACUGCCCGACGCUCACCUCGCUGGAGCUCUACUCCUGCAGGCUCCGGGUGCCAGGCAGUCUCCGCGGCCUGCGCGCCGUGCGGUCGCUCCAGCUCCACGAAGUGGUCGCUACGGACGCCGACAUCCGGCGAAUGAUCUCGCGGUGCCGGGACGUGGAGCGGCUGGUGAUCAGCGACAUCCGCAAGGCUAGGAACAUCGUUAUACGCGCGUCGAACCUCGAAAAGCUGGAGAUUUGCUCGUAUCGCCCGCUAUGCAUCUCGGUAAAGAAGGCGCUGCGCCUUGACUCUGUAAAGCUGAGCCUCUCCUACGGCUGCGCUGAGCUCAAUUGGAGCGUCCACGACAAUGAGGACACCGAUGGAGACCACUCAAUUUCCGAGAUUGAAGAAAUGUUUGGGUUUGAGGGGAUGGAGGAGAGGGAGCACGAGCAGACGGACGAGAUAGCGAACAUGGUGACGUUUCUCGGUGGACUCGGUAGCGCCAAGACACUCUCGUUGAACUUGGAGACUGAAUAUUCCAAGGUCUUGAGCAAGGCCAAAAGUACAAUGCCGAAGAGGUUGCUCAAGAAAUGCCAAUUGCUUGGAUUGCAGAAGCUUACUCUUACUAUGGAUCACAAUCAUGAAGCCGUUGCCACACUAGUUUCAUGCCUUUUCAACAGUUCUCCCAACAUUAAGGAUCUGGAGAUCAUUGAUCCUCUUGAUAUCCGCUAUUCUGACCCCUUAGCUGCAAAGUUUUGGGAGAAGCAGAUAAAUGCAGAAUGUGUUCAGAAUCACUUGUCAAGUGUCACCUUCUUCAUGUCAAUAUCGCUCUUCAAAGGUCGCCCUUGCUUGGGCCUUCCUCAGUUUCUAGUGAUGAACGCGAGGGUUCUGAAGAGAAUGAGCAUCAAGUAUCAUCGGUCCAAUGACAAGCCUAAGCAUGCAGACUUGCUUGAAACAGUCCGAGAGUGA